GCGAGUUCAUCCGCGCGCUCUACGAGUCGGAGGAGAACUGCGAGGUGGACCCCAUGAAGUGCUCGGCCUCCACGCUGGCCGACCACCAGGCCAACCUGCGCAUGUGCUGCGAGCUGGCGCUCUGCAAGGUGGUCAACUCGCACUGCGUGUUCCCGCGGGAGCUGAAGGAGGUGUUCGCCUCGUGGCGGCUGCGCUGCGCCGAGCGCGGGCGCGAGGACAUCGCCGACCGCCUGAUCAGCGCCUCGCUCUUCCUGCGCUUCCUGUGCCCCGCCGUGAUGUCCCCCAGCCUCUUCGGCCUCAUGCAGGAGUACCCCGACGAGCAGACGGCGCGGACGCUGACCCUCAUCGCCAAGGUCAUCCAGAACUUGGCCAACUUCACCAAGUUCGGGAGCAAGGAGGAGUACAUGGCGUUCAUGAACGAGUUCCUGGAGCUGGAGUGGGCCAGCAUGCAGCAGUUCCUGUACGAGAUCUCCAACCUGGACACGCUCACCAACAGCACCAGCUUCGAGGGCUACAUCGACCUGGGCCGCGAGCUGUCCACGCUGCACGCGCUGCUCUGGGAGGUCAUGAGCCAGCUCAGCAAGGAGGCGCUGCUGAAGCUGGGCCCCCUGCCCCGCCUGCUGACCGACAUCAGCGUGGCGCUGCGGAACCCUCACCUGCAGCGCCAGCCCAGCCAGGGCGAGCGGCUGCCGCCCAAGGGGCUGGUGCUGCGCGGGCCCUCGGCCGACCUGCAGCCCUACCUGGUGCGCGACCUCAACAGCUCUGUGGAUCUCCAGUCCUACAUGGUCCGGGGGCUCAACAGCUCCAUGGACGUGCCGCGCCUGCCGUCGCCGCCGCAGGAGAAGGGUCCGCCGGAGGUGCUGGUGCUGAGCCGCCCGCCGCUCGCCCGCUCCUCGCCCGCCUACUGCACCAGCAGCUCGGACCUCACCGAGCCCGAGGGCGGCCGCGGCGGCGCGCUGGGCGUGGGCAAGAGCGUCUCCAUGCUGGACCUGCAGGACGGACGCGUGGACAGCAUCCCCAGCCUGCCGGCCGAGCUGCUGGCCGGGGGCGCGGCGCCGGGGGGCGCGGGCCAGGGCGGGCUGCGGCCCGGGCGGCUCUCGCAGGGCAGCGCCUCCAGCCUGGCCCCGCCGCGCCUGGGCGUGCCCGAGCCCGGCGGGCCGCAGCUGCGGGUGCCGCUCUCCUUCCAGAACCCGCUCUUCCACCUGGCCGCCGACGGGCCCCUGCGCGGCCCCGACGGGCCCGGAGGAGGAGGGGGCGGCGGCGGGAGGGGCGAGGGGGGCGGCCCGCCGGACGGGGGACACUACGUGGGGGGCGUCGCCCCGCCGCCGCUGCACGGCUACAGCAAGAGCGAGGAGCUGGCGACCCCUCCCCAAAAACACAUCACGCACAGCCACAGCUACAGCGACGAGUUCGGGCGGCCCGGGGGCGACUUCGGGCGCAGGCAGCUGUCGCUCCAGGACACGCUGGCGCCCCCCCAGAUCACCAUCGGGGCGCCCCCGCCGCCCACCCCGCGGGGGUCGCGGGCGGGGAAAGGGGGCCGGGGGCCGCAGGCGCUGGGGGUGCCGCAGAAGCCGCGCCCGGCCAGCGGGAACCUGCUGGCCUCGCCCGAGCCCGCCUACGGCCCGGCCCGCUCCCGCCAGCCCUCGCUGGCCAAGGAGGCCUCGGUGGCCAGCAUGAAACCGCCCAUCACCAAGCAGGUGUCAGGUGUCAGGUGUGUGACUUACAUUAGUACAGGUGUGCAGUGUAGGCACAAGCUCAAGGAGUGCUCCAAGUCAUGGGACGACUGGACGGGUGUGAGUGACCCAGGUGUGCCCAGGUGUGAGGGGCACAAGCUCAAGGAGUACUCCAAGUCCAUGGACGAGAGCCGGCUGGACCGGGUAGGGACUCAGGUGUGUGAGGGGUACGAGCUCAAGGAGUGCUCCAAGUCCAUGGACGAGAGCCGGCUGGACCGGGUAGGGACUCAGGUGUGUGAGGGGCACAAGCUCAAGGAGUACUCCAAGUCCAUGGACGAGAGCCGGCUGGACCGGGUGAAGGAGUACGAGGAGGAGAUCCACUCGCUGAAGGAGCGGCUGCACAUGUCCAACCGCAAGCUGGAGGAGUACGAGCGGCGCCUGGUGACGCAGGAGGAGCAGACCAGCCGCAUCCUCCUGCAGUACCAGCAGCGCCUGGAGCUCAGCGAGAAACGGCUCCGGCAGCAGCAGCAGGAGAAGGACUCGCAGAUCAAGAGCAUCAUCGGCAGGCUGAUGCUGGUGGAGCAGGAGCUGCGCAGGGAUCACUUGGGCGCCCACGACCCGUCCGAGGGCCGGCGGCGGCUGCUCGACGCUCAGGAGAGGCAGCUUUCCGCCGUGGGUGCAGCAGACCCGGGUGUGAUUUGGGGGGCCGGGGGGGUCCCCGGGCGGCCCCCGCCUCCGCCCCCGCCACCCCCGAUCACGGCCAACGGCUGCGAGCGGCGCGGCCCCGCUGCUGAGCACUGA